CCCUUGUACAGUAGCAUCAGCUACAAAUUAUCUCUUCCCCACUCCUUCCAAUUUCCUCUCUCACAUCAUCCACAUAUUUUCCUCUAGGGUUUCAACACGAUGCAACCGGCGGCAAGUUCAAUGGUUCCACCACCAAUGGCGGCGCAACCACAGUACCAACAGCAGUGGAUGGCUCAGCAGCCGCAGUACCAGGUUCUGCCACCGCAGUCCGGUUAUUACUACCAGCAACCACCACCGCAGCAGGGAGGCGGAGUACCCCCACCGCAGCAGCAGCAACAACAAUCUCAGUACACGGCUUCAGCUCAGCCGACCAGUGCUGAUGAAGUCCGGACGCUUUGGAUUGGAGAUCUACAGUUUUGGAUGGAUGAACAGUACCUAUAUAAUUGCUUCGCGCAAACUGGAGAGGUGGUCUCUGCUAAAGUUAUCCGCAACAAGCAAACUCAACAAUCAGAGGGUUAUGGCUUUAUUGAGUUUAAUAGUCAUGCUGCUGCGGAAAGGAAUCUACAAGCAUACAAUGGCACCUUGAUGCCUAAUAUUGAGCAAAAUUUUAGGCUCAAUUGGGCAUCACUUGGUUCGGGUGAAAAGCGUUCAGAUAAUACUCCUGAAUAUACAAUAUUCGUUGGAGACUUGGCAGCUGAUGUUACAGAUUACAUGCUUCAGGAGACAUUCAGACCCAAUUAUCCUUCAAUCAAGGGUGCUAAGGUUGUAACAGAUAGGGCAACCGGGCACACAAAGGGUUAUGGGUUUGUUAGAUUUGGGGAUGAGAGUGAGCAGUUACACGCUAUGACUGAGAUGAAUGGAAAGUUUUGCUCCACUAGGCCCAUGCGCAUUGGUCCUGCAGCUAACAAGAAGAAUGCUGGUGGUCAGAUGCAAGCUUCAUAUCAAAGUACUGGAACUCAAAAUGAGGAUGACCCUACUAAUACGACGAUUUUCGUUGGAAACUUGGAUGCCAGUGUAACUGAUGAUCACCUCAGGCAGGUUUUUGGGAACUACGGGCAAUUGCUUCAUGUAAAAAUACCACUAGGCAAACGUUGUGGUUUUGUUCAAUUUACCGAUAGAAGUUGUGCUGAGGAAGCUUUACGAGCAUUAAGUGGAACUCAGUUGGGUGGACAAACCAUCCGCCUUUCAUGGGGUCGUAGUCCUUCAAACAAGCAGCAGUCUCAGGGUGAUCCGACCCAGUGGAGUGGUGGUUAUUAUGGGUAUACACCAGGAUACGACGCCUAUGGUUAUGCACAACCUACUCAGGACCCAAAUAUGUACUAUGCAGGCUAUGCCGGGUAUGGAAAUUAUGCGCAACCUCCACAUCAACAGCAACAAAUGUCGCAGCAGCCUCAGUAAUCUGCUGGUCAAAGGAAUUGGUGAGAGCUUCCUAACAUGGCAAAAACAUUGAUGUUGAAAAUCGGAGCGCAUAGAUUUUUCAGAUGAACGCAGAGGUAGUGUAGUUUGUUAUCUGUAGGUUAGGUCUUGGAGAUACAUUUAUGUUCUGGUCAGCUGUCUGUUUCUGUAGUUGCCUUUUCUAUUUCCUUUUUUCUCGGCCUAUUGCGCACUUGGCCAUUUUUGUUAUAUGCGGUCUAGUGAUGUUAAAGACCUCAGAGAGAUCAAGGACGCAUCUUUUUAUACUUUCCAUAGUUUUGGCUUGUCAAAAUGUUGAUUUUGAUCUAUUAUGGUGCUCUUCUUUCUAA